UGGGCAUGUCGACGUCUCGAUAUAAAGCAAGAUAGCUCUGUAAUGACACACUUGGAGAUAACCUAUCGUCCUUGAACUAUGGAUGACCAAAUUAACAGAUUGCAUGCGUUCGAGCUGUUACUCGACUCGUCCAAAUAUGCUACAGAACAUACCGUAGAGCUCAACAGUUUGAGGCGGCUCUGUGCAAGAGGCAUCCCCCCGAAUCCUCCUCAUCUGCGGCCACUAUCGUACUCCUUAUUGCUGGGUUCCGCUUCUCCCGAUAAGAGGGCAUGGCGGAGAGAGACCAAAGACCGUAGAAGGAAGUACUAUGACCUUGUUAAAACCAUUACUAGUGAUCCGACUCUCGCCGGCCCGGUGAAAGGUCUAAACACGGGCGAGAACACCUCGGACACCCUCCUCGCCUCGAUUGGAAGGGACGUCAAGGCAACGAGCAAGAAAUACCGUUUCUUGAACCGCAGGUCCAAUGCUCUCGGGAAAUCCAACCCACUGGCGGCCUUCAAGCGUGCUAGUAUCAGGAAACGCCGACCAGAACCCCCAGAGGCGCUCGCUUCGAGCUCGAGCGACAGUGAAGAUUCGGACGGCGUAGAUGCUGUUGCGAAUGAAGGACGUGCAAGGGGCGAGGCAGGGCCUUCCAAGCACAACAAGGCGACUGAUUCGGAAGAACCGAUCAAAACAAGAAGAGUGUUGGUCUCCCGGCUGGAACAGAUUGCAGCGGAAGAGUUUCGUAUCAAGGCGACCCGCUCGAAGCAGAACAGCUUGGACUCGGUGUCCGUGCAGAAUGGGGAUGCCUCGGGAGCUUCCGGUCAUAUCCCAAAAUCUUUGCAUCUGGAACCCGUGGCCAUAACGAAUCCAUCGAUCGUCUUGUCGCCCAUGCCCGACGAUGAGGACGCAAAGGCGACACCGCAUUUUCACCGGGCUAUCAAUCGGAUACACGAUACCGACAUUGUCCGACCUGUCUCUCCUGCCAUAUCCCUUACCACUGCUCAAGACGACGACCUAGCCUCCUCGAGAGACAUGUCGGAUUCUAUCACUCUCCUGAAAUCGUCAGAGAUUCGACCGCCCACUCCGGCCGUUCUGCAAGAUCUAACUGCCGAGAUCGAGCUAUCAAAACCCGACACCCACGCAGAGUGUCUUGUUCGGCUGCUUUAUGUCUUCUUCAAAAGCCACAAGGAAUGGACAUACGACUCGUCGGUCGUCGAAAUCGUCCGAGCGUUGUACACAGUUUUUGCUAGUGGAGGCGAGAUCGAGGCGCUUGACGAUUCCAGUCUUGUUCAGGAUACAAAGCGGGGUUUGACCAAGACACGAAGUCAAGAAUACUCCACUCAUGCGGCUGAAGAGCCCACGCAAGAGAUCGUCUUGAAUGGAUGGGCGAGACAUGCCGAGGCCGAGACAUUUUGGGCAUUGAUCGCGUUCAUGGGUGAGGUCGGGGAAAUCGUGACGGGGUCCAAAGAGACGGCUGCAGGCGGUCCACCGAACCAAGCUCAGCUGUGGUCGGCCAAGUUGGCGCGCCGGUUACUGUGGGCAGACGAGGGCUUGUACAGGGUAAUGGCUGAACGUCACUUGAGCCCUGUCUCGACCGACAUCUACCAUCGGUGGUUGACGACAUGUUUUACAGGUACUUUCCCCAUCAUAUACCUUUUGCCAGUAUUGGAUUUCGUCUUUGCCGAGGUGCCAGCGUCGGCGGACAGUAACCCAAAGAUGGAAACCAUCGUCGAUAUGUGUACUGCAAUGCUCAUUCUGGUGCGGGACGGCCUGAUCGAUCCGUCUACAAUCUCUGGAAAUGGCCCGACGAACCGGAAGGACAUGUGGGGGAACGAAUUGGCGGAAGAGAUCGUCUUUGAUAUGCGAGAUGCCCAUCGACCGGAACACGAGCGGAAACUCAUGUCGUCCCGGGAGACCGAGCUGAUCAGGCAUUAUCCGAUCGAGCAAGUUGGUGUCGACGAAGUGCUUCGCGUCACUUGGGAGAUACAGCAGCAGCGUGUGCUUGCUACCAUGGAGGGUCAGAACUUGGAUGACGUCGAUCUAGGUCCGCUAGAUGGCCAGGACAGACAGGAGAAUGCGUUGGCAGCGCAAUUCUCAAAUAUCAUGAGUACUGCGGGCAAUAACCUUGUCGCUCGCUGGAACCUUAACCAAGUUCAGGCACCUAAAUUGCCCAAGGCGGAAAACGUUCGACACUCCUUGAACUCUGGUGAACAGCUGUUUCGUCAGUACGCCUCGAACAUGAUGGACAGCGACGCCGCCGCCAAUGUGGCCAAAGCGUCCAGUAACAUAUCGGCAGCAGCAAAGGUUCGAUGGAGUAGUCCGAUCCCGGCAUCCGCCCAGGCCGCACUCAAGGAAGACUCGGUCGAAUCAGGUCAAUCGGCUUGGAGCGGCAAAGCAUCUAGUCUAUGGGGAAGCGUUGCGUCGGUCGCUCGGCAAGCGAGUGUCAAUCUUGGCGCCGCCGCUGCUCACGUCGUACCGGGUACACCGCCGCAAGAGGAUACUCUCACGGCCCUUCCACCGCGGGUCACUACGCCGACACGCGGCCCGGCUCGUUCCGCCUCGAUCAGCGGUGCAAAUUUGAGCAGGAGGGACACGAGCCUCCCGCCGUCAUUCUUUAUCUCGCCGCGUGGGAGUAUUGUCUACCCGGCCGGCCGAUAUCGACCCAAGACUGCACAGAACGAGAGCAAGCCGUCCUUGCAGAACCGUCUCGCUGCUGCUGCUACCAACGUCCCGCCGACUCGUCUCCCGGCUGAAAAGGAACGAGCGGGUAUCAAACCUUUAAUGUUGAGCUCGUCAGCCCGUCCCGCGAGUCCCGCCUCGAGAUCAACCUCGAUCAAGUCUGCCGUUAGCGGACGUGAAUCGCCGUUGUCAUUUGGAUCACCGGGCAGUGCCCACGGACUCGACAUCGAGUAUUAUGUCCCACGCAAGAUCUCGCUGCGCCGAACAUCGGGAGAUCACAGUAUCCCAGUAUCGUCGGUCGGGGCCGCUCGCAACGGUCUGUCCCGGCGUGGGAUUGAGCAGACCGGAGCUAAAUUACGGACAGCCACUUCCAACGGUAUCGGACUGGGUCGGCCCUCUCGUCAGAAUAGCGUCGAACUAGAUGACACAGGUGUCACUACGCCAUCAACGACGGUCAACCAGCGUUAUGCGCUGGCGGAUCCGGGAGCAUCUCGCCCCCAAAGCCCUGUCGAGGACGACAAGCCGACCGGAGAAGCUCGACGAUAUCAACUUUCCGACGCACCGGUGGAAUUGAGCAAAACAAAUCCUGCCGAUAUGGUUCUCGCCGACUCGCCGAUCGAUGCGGGUACCGCAUCAACCACGGGGAUCACGCGCAAGGGCAAAGUCUCGGUCAGGCCGAGCGGAUUAAGGUUGAAGACGGCGCAGUCUAGGGAAGAAUUGAGGACGGGUCAGGCGGCGGUCGUAGGGUUGACGAGGAACGAAUCGAUCUCGUAGUGAAAGGGUUCUGCAAAUUUGCUCUCGACUAGGUUAUGUGUACAAUAAAGGCCAAGCGACAUGACAAUGAUAACGAUAAUGGCAUUGCAAA